AUGAGCACAGACGACCCCAUUGAGAUGAUCCGAGCCCUGCAGCAAAAAAUGGAUGAAAUGCAACAGCAUCAUGAGAGCGAACUGGCGGCCGUUAAGGCCGAUUGUGAAGCCCGGAUAGCCCGGGAGGUGGGGAAGACAUACGGCAGGGAGGAGCGAGCGAAGAAUAAGGGAGCGGCGACAGCGGGAGAACACACACUCCGGGAUACCGAGCAUGAUAGCACCUGGAGGCCUACCGGGUCCGAGGCUGAAGGAAGCAAGGCGAAAUCGGUGCGUGCGGAGAGCGCCGCCGAGGACGGGCGGAUGGUAGUCAAGUCGGAGCCGUCAUCCGCCUUGUUGCUUCCAUUCACCCAGAACAUAAUGAAUGUCCAAAUCUCGGAGCAAUUUGUGGCUCCGCAGUUCAAAACUUAUAACGGGACAACGGAUCCUGCGUCCCAUAUCCAGACGUUCUCGAACGCAAUGGCGUUCCGAACGGGCAAUGAAGCCAUUUGGUGUCGGACGUUCUCGCUCUCAUUGGAGGACGAAGCAUUGGAAUGGUUUAAUACUCUCCCCCCUAAUUCAAUAGAAAACUUUACCGGGUUAAAGCAACUGUUCAUUAAACAAUUCGCGGCCAGUAGUACCCAGGACUUGACCGUAUUCGAAUUAAUGACCCUCAAGCAAGGGAAGGAUGAAACGCUGCGGACGUUUAUGGACAGGUAUCAGAAGACCGUUCGACGCGUUAAGAGCCUGACGCCAGAGCUCGCCCUUCACUAUAUCCUGCCGGCUCUGAAGCCAGGACCGUUUAAGGAUAGCGUCUGCAGGCGAGCGCCCAAAACAAUGGAGGAGUUAAGGGAACGGGCGGCGGACGAGAUAAGGGUGGAAGAGAUGAAACUCUCCUACAGAAAAGAGAAUCAAGAAGCCAGAGAACCAAGGACGGACGGUAAUAAGCCCGGCUCUUCGACGGGAAAAACGUCCGGUCCUAGGCCCCGGGAGCAGAGAAAAGGGCCCCGUUUCCCACAGUAUACACCUCUAAAUGCCUCGAGGGAGAAAAUUCUCCGAGAGGCCCUGAGUGCGGAAUUGAUACCGGAGCGGGAAGCGAACCCGACUCCGAAGAAUGCUGAUUGGAGCAAACACUGUGCGUACCAUAAAAAUAUGGGUCAUACCACCGAGGAUUGCUGGACCCUCCGGGAUAAGAUAGAAGAGCUCAUCCGGGCGGGAAAGCUUAAAAAUACGUACGUGAGGAACGCCCGCCGCAAUCAACCGAACGGCCUGCUCAAAGGUCGACGUACCGAAAGGAGAAGCCGAGGAGCGCGCGAGCGGAACGACCCCGCUAAGAGAGGCGACCAAGCCGAAGUCGAAGCCGCAGCCGCGAACGUCCCUUGA